AUGGCGUGCAUCUACUUUCCACAACCUGGCGUCGAGGUCUGACCGGCACGACUGACGGGAUAUCAUUGGGGCUUGUCUGCGGUUGCUUCGUACGCACGAACCCAGGCUUCGCUAGGGUACAAACAGGUGCUGCAUCGAACUUGGCACACUUUUGAAGCCUUCAUGGCCGGGUAGGUCGGCUUCUCCGUUUCUGUUCGCUUGGACUUGGACCUUAUCCGCAGCGCGCAUAUUCCUAACAGUUUUGGAUCGCUUUAUGUCGUUGGCGGUGUUCGCUACCUCUUCUCGAUCGGUAUCUACUCGUAAGUUCCUCUCGUGUCGAGUGAGGUCUCUCUGCCUUUUCACUUCCUGACAUACCUCGCCUUCCACAGCGGUGGACCAUUGGCGCUAUGGACGACAAUGUUGGCGACCGUCGUUUUCAUGACGAUCACGGCCGCCUCCCUUGCCGAGGUAAGUCUCUUGUUUGCGCGUUCACGUCCCAAACCAGCUUGACACGAUAACUGACCCCGAUGUUAACAUUGCAGAUUUGCUCGUCGCUGCCUCUCAGUGGUAGCAUCUACGCUUGGGCCGGUGCAGCCGCAGGUCCCAAAUACGGCCGGUUCUUUGCCUUCAUUGUCGCCUACUGGUCGACGACGGCAUGGACGUCUUUCGUCGCGUCCAACACCCAAGGCACGAUCAACUACAUUCUCACCGAGCUGACCGUUUUCAACCACGCCUUCCCCGGCGGCCUCGACUCGACCAACAUCAAGUUCCGGGCCGUGCAAUGGAUCUGUGCCGAGAUCUUCCUACUCCUCGCCGUGCUCAGCAACGUGCUGUCGCCAAGGAAGUUCACUUGGGUCUUCAAGGCUUCGGCGGCUAUCAUCGCAAUUGAUUUCUUCUUGACGGUCAUCUGGCUGCCUAUCGGCGUGUCCAAGACUUACGGGUUCCAGCCUGCAUCCUUCUUGAUGACGACAUACAACGUGAGUUGCGCCUGCGCAUCCAUCUUAUUCCUGACCUCAGGAACUGACUCCUAGACGCGAUCCUGUCCUUCACUGUCACAGGGAACGGGCGCCUCGUCUGCGUGGAACUACAUCUUGGCUUUCUUGUCGUCCUCGGGCGUGCUGACCGGAUUCGACGCCUCUGGACAUAUCGGGGAAGAGACCAAGAACGCAUCGCUCGCCAAUGCUCGCGGCAUUUUCUGGUCGGCCACGUUCUCGGGUUUGCUCGCAUUCCCUCUCCUCAUCUUAUUUCUCUUCUGUUCUCCUCCUCUCGACACCUUGUUCGCGAUCGAAGCUCCCCAGCCUUUCGUCCUCAUCUACACGCUCGCGCUCGGUAAGGGAGGCCAAAUGGUCAUGACGCUCGUCGCUACGGUCGGCCUCUUUGUCAACACCAGCUUGGCUAUUCUCGCCGCCAGUCGUCUCGUCUUUGGUAUCGCUCGAGACGGCGUGUUGCCCGGCUCGAGUUGGAUCGGCAAAGUCGAUCGCAGUGGACAACCCAAGAAUGCGAUUAUAUUUGUCGGUGGCGUCGCCGCGGUCCUGCUCUGCACGAUCUUGCCCUCCCAGGUCGCAUUCACGAGUCUGAUCAGUGCAUCCGGUCUACCAACGAUCGCUGCUUAUGCUUUGAUCCCGAUUUUGCGCCUGCUCUUCACCCGACACGAGUUCAGAACGGCCAAGUGGUCGAACGGGCGUUUCUCGGAGCUCUUCUGCCUCAUCACCGGCAUCUGGAACCUCUUCCUCAUCACCGUCCUGGUCUCGCCUUACGAGUGGCCCGUCACGGCGCAAAAUUUCAACUUUUCGAGCGUCAUCUUCGGGGCCAUCACCUUGCUCGCGAUCUUGACCUGGUGGUUCGCGCCGGAAGAACGAUGGCUCAGUCACCGCGACCUCCUCAAGAUCAUCGACGGCACACAUCAGCAGCAGCACACGGCGACGGUCGACGAGCAUGCUUCUAUCCCCGAGAAAGGGCUGUCGGAGUGA